GCCUCCCCCGUGGCGGCGGCUCGGGGCGCCUCGGCCGCGUCCCUGCGGCAGCCGGCGGCGGUCGCGGGCUAUGGGGGGGAAGAGCGUCUGCUUCGGCGUCCUGACCGUCGCCGUCCUGCUCCUGGCCGCCGCCUCGCAGGGUGCGGAACCGCCGCCGAGCUGCGAGGCGGUCCGGAAAGUUUUCCAGCUGCGGAGGCUCGGCCCGCUCGGCGGCGUCCCGGAGUUCCCGCGGGCAGGUGUUGAUCUCCAGGUUUGUACUUCUAAAAAUCCAACAUGCUGUACCAAAAAGAUGGAAGAAAGGUAUCAGAUUGCAGCAAGGCAAGAUAUACAGCAAGUGCUUCAAACAUCAAGUGCUACAUUAAAAUUUUUAAUAUCUCGUAAUGCAGCUGCUUUUCAAGAAACCUUUGAAAUGCUCAUCAGAGUGGCUGAGAAUUACACCAGCACACUUUUCUGCAAUGCUUACAGAAACAUGGCUGCUGAGGCUGCUGUGCACGUGCAGGAGUUUUUCACAGAUGUUGGGCUCUUCUUAUUUGGCACAGAUGCCAGCACAGAGGAAUUUGUGAACAGAUUUUUUGACACCCUCUUUCCAGUAGUCUACAACCAUGUGAUUAACCCUGGUCCGACUGACAUCUCGUUGGAGUACGCGGAGUGCCUCCGAGCGGCGAGAAGAGACAUCAGGCCCUUUGGCAACGUUCCCAAAAAGGCCCUGGGACAGAUGGGAAGAUCACUCUUACCCAGCCGGACUUUCCUGCAGGCUCUGAAUUUGGGGGUUGAAGUGAUCAAUGCGACAGAUCACCUGCACUUCUCCAGAGACUGCAGCAGAGCUUUGCUGAGAAUGCAGUACUGCCCCCACUGCCAGGGGCUGAUGCUGAGCAAGCCCUGCAUGGGCUACUGCCUCAACAUCAUCCGGGGCUGCCUGGCUGCCAUAGCAGAAGUUGAUCUCCACUGGCAGAGGUACAUCCAGGCCCUGGAGGAGUUCUCAGGAGCCCUAAGUGGAGCACACAGCAUCGAGCACGUGCUCCUGAACUUCCAUUCCCUUGUCCACGACGCUCUGGUACAGGCUCGGAUCAAUGGGCCAGAGUUAUCUGCGCAGGUGAAUAAGGUAUGUGGUCCUCCUGUAAGGAAGCCUGAACAGUCUCCAGGUUGCUCCUUUGAUCAGAACAAAGAUAAUCAAGGCUUGAAGAUGUUCUCCAGAGACAGUGAACAAACACUCACCAACAGAAGAAAGGAGUUUGUCGCGCACCUGCGGCUGUACAGAGCCUUUUACGGCAGCCUGGCGGAUCAGCUGUGCGGGAACGAGCUGGCAGCUGCCGAUGGGCUCCCCUGCUGGAAUGGAGAAGAUCUUGUAAGAAGCUAUACGCACCGUGUGGUUGGCAGUGGAAUCAAAGCUCAGUCUGCAAAUCCAGAAGUAAAAGUGAAAGGAACAGAUCCUGUCAUAAGUCAAAUUAUUGACAAGCUGAAACAUGUUAUUCAGCUGUUGCAGGGCAACUCAUUUCCAAAACAUGACAAAUGGGAUCUCCAACAAACAGGAAGUGGUGGAGGUGUAGAUGAACAAAUCAGUGGUGAUUGUGAUGAUGAAGAUGGUUGUGGAGGAUCUGGAAGUGGAGAAUUCAAAAGAGUCCUGAAAAUCACAGACCGGUGCCUACAUAAAAAAGCAAGCAAAGUGUGUGUGCACUUAAGUUUUCCAACGGGACACUGCAAUCCACUGCCAAAUGUAAUAUUUAAAGACCUCAUGUCUUGAGAUCAAGCAGGUCUCUCAUCCAGAAUUUGGAAUUUUUCAGUUCUAGUGGCUGGCCACCAGAGAGGUGUUACUUCAUUUACUAUAAGUCUUUGAACCUGGUCCUUCAGCAAGUUGUUCACCCAUCAUGUUGUAUGCAUGUCCAGCUGUAUCCUGGACAUUUUAUUCAUAAAAAUGCUGUGAGAGAUAGAUAGUAUCAAAAGCUUUUCUAAAAUCCCAAACACCCAUGUUUACUGCCUUCCCUGUGUCUACUGGUCAAAAGUGGUUUGUUUCCACAUCUGGCACAUCUAUUCAGCCUGUUCAGUGCACUCAGUAGCUCCUCAGUUAGUAAUCAUCUCUUUAGUGAAACAAUAGAAUUUGUUAUCUGAAUUCAUGAGUUUCCAUACAGACUAAAAUCCUGGUCUCUGUGCUGUGGCUUUGAAAGGCACAAUGAGCUCGACCGGGUGGUGGGGAAAUUGGGGAUGUCUUUUACACUGUAAUUCAUGCUUUCUUUCCUAUCUUCAUGAAACACUAGCUGAUCAUUCUGUCCUUUCUUUCAGUUUUCUCAAGGAAUAUGUAGGGAGGAAUGAGAAAGAAUGUUUGGUCAAGUGAGAGAUUAUUGAAGAGCUGAUUACUAUGAGCAAAAACAACAACUCAUACCUGCCUAUUGUUAUUUUUGAUUAAACAACCAUCAAAACUUUUUGCUGAAACAAUCAAAUGCCUUGAAUACAACCUAUGGAAUUGGUCUAAUUAUAACAAAUGGUCAGUCUUAAGGACUGAACUUAAGUGUUCUUACUGAACCCACCAAUAAAAUGUUGUAUAGUAAUUACACUUUGAGACGUUUUGUUUUGCUUAGUAUCAUUAUAAAACUUUCUUCAUUGCUUCUCCAUAGCAACUCAUCUUUGCAUCUUUUUGUUUUGUGAAUUCUAAAAUGCACCCUAGAGUUGAGUACUCAUAUUUUUAACUUAUAGUUGUAUAAUUAAAAGGUGAAAGUGCAUGUUAAAUGCAUCAGCAGAGUGAAUUUUGGCAAAGAAGGUGAAGUAUAUAAAAUGUGUAUCCCAUCUGUUGCAAAUGUACGGUCUUUUCACCGGUAAUUACAACAAUUUUAUCUGGAAAACAGAAUUUAUUCUACCCUAAAUACAGCUAAAAAUAACUGUGAAUAAAGGUAUAUUUGGAAUUAAAUAGAACCCACAUAAAACCUAAUUUUGAUUUUAGCAAAAACUAACUAAAUUUCUACCACAGUCCCUGGGUUUCAUGUUUACUGAUGUUCACAUGCAUUAUUCAGAGGAACCAAAUAUUAGGUGAGAGACAAAGCACAGUGUGGCUGAGGUGUUUAGUAUGCAAUAGAGAAUUUUUUUGAUGACUCAUAGGUAGGGCCAGUGAUAUAGGCAGUGAAUAUUAUGUCAGUGUGCACAUCAGUGUUGCAGCAACAAACUGCUUAUUCCUGUUUUGAUGCAUUGAAUUCCUCUUUAUCUUUAGAAAAGUUUGAUGGAUCCAAAAUAAUUUGUGAUGAAGCAUUUAGUCACAGCUGUGCCCACAUCUCUUUUUGGAAAACAUCACUGGUAAAUAUUAUUAUAAAAUGUUGAAAGUAAUUUAAAUUUAAGACUUUGAUGGACCACUUCUGGAUAUUCUUUUUUUAUGAAAUAAUCUAAAUUUCACUAUGUAAUGAGUUGACUGUGCCUGGAUGCCAUGUGCCCACCAAAGUAAUUCUAUUACUUCUCUCCUCAUCAGAAUAGGAGAGAGAAAAUAAAAGGAGUCUUGUAGGUUGAGACAAGGACAGGGAUAGGUCACUCACUAAUUACCAUCAGGGGCAAAAUGGACUUGACUUGGAGAUACUAUGAAAAUUUAAUACCAAUGAAAUCAGAAUAGGGUCAUAAGAAAUGAACCCAACCUUUAAAACACCACCCCCCCUACUCCUCCCUUAUGCCUGGGCUCAAUUCCAUUCCUUAUUUUCUCUACCUCUCCUUUCCCAAGCAUGCAGGGGGACCAGGAGUGAAGGUUGUGAUCAAUUAAUGUGUCUCUGCCACUCCUUCCUCCCCAGAGGAAGGACUCCUCACAGACUUCCUCUGCUCCCUUCCAUGUGUGGGUUUCUUCCAUGGGGCGUGUUCCUUCAGGAACAGACUGCUCCAGCAUGGAUCCCCCAGGGGAUCACAAGCCCUGUCAGAAAACCUUCUCCAAAGGGGCUCCUUUCUCCAUGGGGCCACAUGUCCUGCCAGGACCAUCACCUCCUUUAGGUGUCCAUCUGUUCCAUGGGUCCUCCACACGUUGCCAGUGGAUAUCUGCUGUUCCACCGUGGGCUCCCAGAGGCUGCAGGGGCACAGCCUGGCUCACAGGGUCUGCACUGUGGGGUGCAGCAGGGGAAUCUCUGCUCCAGCACACAGAGCACCUCCUGCCCACCCUUCUGCCCUGACCUUGGUGUCUGCAGGGCUGUUUCUCUCAGAUAUUCUCUCUCUUCUCUCUGGCUGCUGUUGCAGUGGGGUUUUUUCACCCUUUUUAAAUUGCUUAAUCCCACACUGCUAGUCCAGUCACUGAUGGGCUCUGCUUUGGCUGCCUUGGAACCAGCUCACAUUAUCCCUGUCAGACAGUGGGGGAAACUUCUGGCAACUUCUUACAGUAAUCACCCCUGUAGGCCCCCUGCUACCAAACCCUGGUGAUGAAAAUUCAACAUAUACUAAUAUUUUAUUAAAAUAUAACAGAAAUACAAAGCAGAAAGUAAGAGAACAUUAAUGUACUUUUAGCUAAAUUUUGUAGUGUGUUUGGGAGCUGAUUUUGAUAAAAAGCUAAACCAGUAGUUUAAAUACAGGAAUGAAGUAUGAUCAUAUAGCAUAUUUUAUUAAGGUUGUGUGAGGCAAUAUCUCAUGGCAUCAUGUGUUGCAGGAUGCUGCUUUUUCAGACUCUUAUCUUUCUCUUUUUUUUUUUGGAGGUUUGUUUUGAAAAGUUCAAUAUUUACUGAGAAUGCCCUUUUCCUUAGAUUUUUCGUUGCAUUGAAAGAUAUCCUGUAAAUGCAUUCUUAGAUUGUAUACAGUUUUUUAAAUUCAGUAAUUAAGUCAAUAUUUAAAACAGUAAAUAUCAAUUAUUUGAAUGAAUAUUAUAUUUAGCAUGCUACCAAUUAGAAGGUUGUGUAAUUGUCAAUCUUGAGAAUGGCUGUUCUCAUAUUAAAAGAUUAAAGAAAAAUA